AUGGGUUGGGUUGAAACGGCGGUGGAGCCGUCGUCGACGGCGGCAAUAAGCUGGUGGGAUGAAGUGAAUGAAUCUCCUAUUUGGCAAGACCGUAUUUUCUAUGUCCUUGCGAUCUUAUACGGCGUCGUUUCUGCUGUUGCUCUUGUGCAAUUAAUCCGGAUUCAAAUGAGAGUUCCCGAGUAUGGAUGGACCACUCAGAAAGUCUUCCAUUUCCUCAAUUUCUUGGUGAAUGGGGUUCGCUCUCUGGUUUUUGUAUUUCGUCGGGAUGUUCAGAAGUUGAACCCUGAGAUUAUCCAACACAUCUUGCUUGAUAUGCCAAGUCUUGCAUUCUUCACAACUUUUGCGCUUCUAGUAUUAUUCUGGGCUGAGAUAUACUAUCAGGCACGUGCUGUAUCUACUGAUGCUCUUAGGCCUAGUUUCUUCACAAUUAAUGGAGUGGUUUAUGCUAUUCAGAUCAUAUUAUGGCUGAUAAUAUGGUGGAAGCCUGUUCCAGCACUUGUCAUCUUAUCUAAGGCGUUCUUUGCAGGUGUAUCUCUAUUUGCAGCCUUGGGGUUUCUUCUUUAUGGAGGAAGGCUUUUCCUUAUGUUACAGCGUUUCCCUGUAGAAUCAAAGGGGAGACAGAAGAAACUACAGGAAGUUGGUUAUGUGACAACAAUAUGUUUUUCAUGCUUCCUGAUUAGAUGCAUUAUGAUGUGUUUCAAUGCAUUUGAUGAAGCUGCGGAUCUUGAUGUUUUGUACCAUCCAAUUUUAAAUUUUGUAUACUAUCUGUUGGUAGAGAUUCUACCUUCUUCGCUCGUCCUUUUCAUUUUGAGGAAGUUGCCUCCAAAGCGAGGGAUCACACAGUACCACCCUAUUCGCUGAUACAACAGUGUGCAUUGGAUGAUGGAAAUCAAGCUCUGGGAUCAGGGUAUCAGAUGAGUUGGCUUUUACGAUACUCGUCUUACCUAUAAGUGUUUGAAGCAAAGACCAUAUAGUGAGAUAUUGUACGUGGAGCAUGGUUCAUCAGGACUCUUGGAAAAAUAGUUUGUUCUCUGCAGAUAUUAGUUAUGUCUGUAAUUUGUUUGUAGUCUUGAAGCAAGAGUUGUGGAAGAAGUUGUGUUAUUUCUAGUGUAAUUAUCUUCAUAUUUGUAUGUUUCAGAUUUCAAUUGAUUAUUCUUUCCCCCCA